AUGCCUUCUAGCCCGGUCGCUGACUCUCAAGUGGUCAUGGGUUAUUUCGCUAUUUUCCUUUGCUCUCCUUGUUCAAAAGUGCCUUAUUCUACAAAUGAUCUCAACCAGCGAGCAAAGUCGAAACCAGACGUUGAAAAGGUUCAGAAAUGUGCCAUUUCAAACCUCAAGUCGAAUUUGUCUUUCUUAGACCAUGCCGUCCCUAUCAAAACCGACGAGUUCAUUCAACGUCGUGACCGGCUAGCUGUCGCUCUGGUUGAUGCCAAAGUGGAUGCUUUUGCCGUUGAACCAGGCUAUACGUUCCAAUACUACGGCAACAUCAGUCAGACGGACUGGGAACCAUGGGAACCGGAAGAACGGCCAUUUCUCAUGAUCGUCCAGCCGAUCGUGGAUUCGGCCACGCACAAGGUCAGGGCAAAGACGAGCUUCCUAUCGCCGCAUUUUGAGGAGGAACGUGUCCGCAUGCUAGGCAUGCCCUUCCCCGCCAAUGAACGCUUGGACAUCGCUGUCUGGGAAGAGCAUUGGAAUCCCUACGAGACUCUCCGAAUCGCCACGUUCAACAAUGCAACGGGUGUCAAGAUCAUGGUCGACGAAGAAAUGCGCGAUUACAUCGUCCGAGGACUAGAUGCGGCGGGGUUUGACACUGUGGGCCUGAGUGACGAGGUCGAAAGUGUCAGGCAGAAGAAGAGCCCAUCCGAAGUCGAAUUGCUCCGAGCCGUGAACACUGGCACUGUCGAGGCUGUGCGACAAAUGAGACCUUGUCUCGUGCCGGGUUUGACCGAGAACGAAGUCACCACGAUACUGAACAACGCUUUACUCUCUGUGGGGUUCUCCCUGUUCUUCAAUAUUGUCCUGUUUGAAGAGGAUGCCGCUCUCCCCCACGGCGGCUUCAUCACAGGAGAUAAAGUCCUUACAUACGACACGAUGGUAUUGAUUGAUGUCGGCGCUCAUUACCUGGGCUAUUCUUCAGACAUUUGUCGGAGUUUCUUCAUCGACCCGCCAACUCAAAGUCCCGCUCAUCAUCGAUCCCCACUCAGCCUGAUUCACAAGGCCUGGUCCGUCUUCCAUCCAGCCUCUCCGCAUUCUAGAACAUCUUUACAGCCAUACGAGCCGCAAAACUCCCAUCUCCAUGCUCUCAAGCUUGAGAUCUGGUCUCUCGUUCUCUCCGCCCAGACGGCCAGCAUCGAAGCCUUCACACCCAACUCCUCCGCCGCUGAUGUCGACAUUGCCGCGCGAACGGUUAUCUCGAACGCCGGUUACGGAAAGGCCUUCACCCACCGUGUCGGCCAUGGCAUUGGUAUCAAAGCCCAUGAGUCGCCCUAUUUGAACAAAGGUAACACGGAUACCAUGCUUAGACCUGGUAUGACAUUCACGAGCGAGCCUGGUGUCUACCUGGAAGGCCGCUUCGGCGUCAGGCACGAAGAUAUAUUCCUCGUGAUGGAAGAUGGGGACGAGGCGGAAUGCCUCAGUGGUCAGAGAGCAAGGGGUCCUUAUGAGCCAUGA